AGACCGCCGCGGCUCCCUUUCCGCCCAGGGUGGAUUGCAGAAGCGGAGAGGAGGAGAGAUCUCCAGACACGAGAGGAGGUUAUAGGAAGAGGAUAAAAGCAAUGCUACAACAAGGAUAUAGCUGAGAGAGAGAAAGAGGGGCGAAGAAGAAAAGGAGAAGGUGGUGGAUGAGGCCGUGUGGUGGGGAUACCUGACGAGACGCUGAGCGGGGGGGAAAGGGGGGCCUUUCGCAGACCUUGUAUUGUCAGCCAGGCGUAAGGAAGCUUCCCCUCCAAGAUCGUUCCAAUGAACAUGUCAGUGUUGACUCUGCAAGAAUACGAAUUCGAGAAGCAGUUCAACGAGAAUGAAGCGAUUCAAUGGAUGCAAGAGAACUGGAAAAAAUCUUUCCUGUUUUCAGCUCUUUAUGCUGCCUUUAUAUUUGGUGGUCGACAUCUAAUGAACAAACGAGCAAAAUUUGAACUGAGGAAACCACUAGUGCUCUGGUCGCUGUGCCUGGCAGUCUUCAGUAUAUUUGGUGCUGUUCGAACGGGUGCUUAUAUGGUGUACAUUUUGAUGACCAAAGGACUGAAGCAGUCAGUUUGUGACCAGAGUUUUUACAAUGGACCUGUCAGCAAAUUCUGGGCUUAUGCAUUUGUGCUAAGCAAAGCACCAGAACUAGGAGAUACAAUAUUUAUUGUUCUUAGGAAACAGAAGCUUAUCUUCCUCCAUUGGUACCACCAUAUUACUGUACUGCUUUAUUCUUGGUACUCAUACAAGGACAUGGUAGCUGGUGGUGGCUGGUUUAUGACCAUGAACUAUGGAGUGCAUGCACUCAUGUACACUUACUACGCCUUGCGGGCUGCUGGCUUCAGAGUGUCCCGGAAGUUUGCCAUGUUUAUCACACUAUCGCAGAUCACACAGAUGUUCGUGGGCUGCAUCAUCAACUACCUGGUCUUCGCGUGGAUGCAACAAGGCCAGUGUCACUCACACAUUUCCAACGUCUUCUGGUGUUCUCUUAUGUACCUCAGCUACUUUGUGCUCUUCUGCCAUUUCUUCUUUGACGCAUAUGUUAGCAGCACCAGAAAAACAAGGAAGGCCGAGUAAAGCUAGAAAGGAGAGAGAGAAAGAAGCAGCUGCUCAGGUCAUCCACAAAAUGGCAAACACAAAGAGGGGGAGAGAGAAAGAGAGGAGGGGGGGACAGAAAUGGCACAAGAAGGAAACAUUUAUAUAUGGUGCAACUAAAACUCAGCAGCUAAGGGACAGCUAAGUUUGUUCAAAACCAGUAAGUUUAUGAUCCUGUCAUGGUGAGGACUCACUGAAUAAUCUUGCAUCUCAAAAGGCUGCUGUAAGACAUCUUCCUUCUUAGACAUCUUACUGCUCUUAAAAAAACCAACCACACUUUUUUUUAAGAAGGGGGGAAAGCAAAAGAAGAUAAUGAUUUUGCAAAAUAAAAUGUUAAAAUAAAUGGUUUCCCUGAGCAUAGAUGACUUUUAUUUUUAAAAAGCAAACUAAUUAUUUAUAUAUACUUUCUAACUUGUUGUUUUUAAAAAACAAAACUUGAACAAGAUUUGAGCAGAGGAAAUACACAAUCUGUGUCAUAUGAACAUAGGACUUUGACCUGUCAGAGCUGCAUCUAGCCCCAUAGAGUCACCUCUGACUGGCAGCUGCCUUGCAAGGUCUCAGGCAGAUGUUCUGCAACCUGACGGCCAUUAAAAAAUAAAAAUAAAAACUCAAAGAGUCCCAGGAUCAAACCUGCCAUUUUCUGCAUGCAAAGUACCUUCUCUCCCACUGAGCUCUGACCACCAACAACACCAGAUUUUUGCAAAGUUAAAAGUUUUCUCCUUGAAAGAGUUGAACCCUAAAAGUUUCAAUGUGAAAAUGAAAGGUUAAUCUUGAGUGCCUGCUAUAGACAGCCGUUUAAGCUCAAUUGAAGUAAUAAAUGGAGAGGAAUUGGUUGGGUUUCUGUUUUGUUUUUAGUACUGUGUAUUAUGCUGUGAGAAGACCAGGUAUGAGAUAUUGAUUUGAGAAUUAAAUACUGUUGAGAUGCAGUAUCACAGAGAAUGUGUUCCAGUGCAUUGUCUGGUCAAAAGCAACGCGUAUAGAAGAGCAGUUUAAUAUACAGUCAGUUAUAAUUAAAUAUGCUUGGGGCUAGUAAUAAAGGAGAGCAGGGAAAAGGAAUCCAGGAGCUAAGAAAAGGCAGAGUAGGCCAAUCCUCAACGUGCCCUACAAAAUACUGGUGAGAAGCGUUUGAGAGUCAUAGUACAGUAUAUAAAUUAUUUUUCUGAAGUCCAAUUCUCGCACAGGAUGGCUCUGAGUGUGAUUGCUGUGGGUGCAUUUUGUUGGGAAUAUAUCACCAACAUCACUUGCCCAAAGUCAAUUCCAGGGACUCCUCAAGCACAGGUUAAAGAGUAAGAACCAUAACAAGGGAAAGAAGGAGUCUUGAGGUUGCCCAACCACAGCCAGCAUUUGGGCAACAGACUGCCAUUCUCACUAGAGUGAGAAGUAUUAUAUUUCUCUUUAAAUUUCAGCCAUUAUUUCCAAGUUGGCAUCUAUCUUUAUAAAAAGAACAUGCAGAUUUUAUGCUAACUGUGCCCUCUUGCUUGUCUUUUUUUUGGGGGGGGGCGGUGAUUUCUUAUUUUUCGGUGCUGUGCAAACGGCCACCCUACAGACAGAUUCAUUUCAUGCGGUCUCUUUCAAGAAGCUGAAUAGAUUCUGAUGUGACGCUUCCCUAUGCGCACAGGGCCCAUGAGGCGAGGUGAGGCAGUUGCCUCAAGGCAGCAGGCUCUGGAAAGCUGGGCGGGGCAGCUGAUCCUGCCUCCAUGAACCUAACAUUGCCUAUCCCUCCGCCAACCCAGGACCCUUAACAAAUUCCAGUUCCUGGGGGUGCCAUUUUCUGGUUCACCUCAGGCAGCAGAGUAUAUUGAGCUGGCCCUGUGUGCACACAUCCACCACAGGAAUUGUUCCAAAAGCCAUCUUGCGAAUACAAAACAUUAUGGUGGGACUGGUCUUUGGAACAGGAAAUGGUACUUUAAAAUAUGCUGAUUGUGGCAGCAUCCAUUUUGAUUCUAGUGCUGCCCAUGUUGGUUCCCACCACACGAUCUGCAAAGUCAUGUUCAUGAAAGAAAAAUUGUGAUUUUUAAAAUUAUUAUUAUUUUUGAGGAGACGCAUGCAAAACAUCCGGUUCUGCUCCUAGCAAAUAAAUCCAAAAUCCCAAGAACCAUGAGCAAGCGAUGAGCCAUCAUGGGCAGACGAGAACAGCAGCUGCUAUAAACACAGAACAGCCCUGAAGUUACAGCAGUCAGUAAAUGCAAUUGGAGUGACAGGUGCAAAGACAAAUGGAAAAACUAAAUAUCUUUAGAGAGGGUGUUAGUGUGGGAUGGAAACUUCAGGAAAAAAACAUCCCUGUGGUAUGGUACAUAUUUUAUAUUUUUAUGAACUUUGAAGAAUAGAUAUCUGCAACCUUAAUAGUGUUCUACAGGAUUAUAUGUGACUUUAGGUAACACUGUGCUUCUGCAUUUGCCUCACAAGCAAUGCAAAGAUGUUUAAAGUGCCCUCAUCUGGUCACUUGGAGAUACUACAGUAAAAGGCAUAAGCUUGGCGUCAUCACACUGCAAGUUUUAAAUGGGAAGGGAUUGAAAGCCUAAAUGCAGUAAUUGUGCUGCAACAAAUUAACUCUAAUGUCCAGAGAGAACUAUUCUUAAUUUUUUUAAAAAAUGAAAUCUGUAGAAAAAUAUACUGUAGCAUCUUUGGUCGUUUAAAAAGACACCUGGUUCUUCAGUCAGCUGCAGAUAAAAGGACAACCUCAGAGAAUUAGCUGAAAAGAGCCAUAUUUUCUACAAGGAAAAGUAGAUUGUAUUAUCUGUAAGAUUUCAGUCCUUACAAAGCCAAAUAAAAUGUGUAAACGUUCCUAGUACUUCAAAGAAACAAGUGUGUAAACUUGAUGUUAUAACUGUGUUAACAUAGUAUUCUCAAUCGUAUCAGUUUGGUAGUUUUAACUAAACAGUUAGAAGAACUAGCGGAACUAAUUAAGAACUGCUGUUCUACAUAGAAAAAUCAUACAUGCCUAUAACUACAACCAUAACACAUAUGUGAGCUGUCCAAAAAUAAAAAAAUUAAAACCUGAGUGGGGGCAAAAUCUCCACCCUCCCCAGCUAAUGCAAAAUAUUCUCAACUUCCCUGCUUUGAGACUGUACAAUACCAAGUAAUAUUUCCCCUUAUUUUUGCUUCAACUGUGCUGUCCACCAUUCAUGACAAAAAGCUGAUGUAAUAUUCUGUUAGACAUAACAAGGGCUUUUAGUGUUUCACCUUGUGUAGAAAAACUGCUGCAUUCUAUAUUAUAUGAACAGUGUUUUAAGAAAAGAAAAUUGGAAAGCUCUCUGGAGUUUAAUCAUAACUGUGAAAAAUGGUGGGGAAAGUUUCUGUCUGUGUCAUUUAAGUUAUUAAUGUUCUGACAUUGUUAUAUGGUACAAACCCCCCCUCCCCAAGCAAAUUGUUAUGUUCAGUGAAACAUAUGACAUGAUCUUAAAUUAUAGACUCCUGUAUAAAUGGAAAUAUCAAUUAAAAUGUAUAAAAAAUUAAUAAUGUUAUUUUACAGUUUUGGGAGUAGAUUCUAUUCCACAAUGAGCCUUUUCUGACUAAGUAUUUCUCCCCAGUUUCCAAUAUUUGAAGUAAACCAAAACCAGUUAUUAUAGAAUAACAAAAUUAUUGGGCAGCAGUAGUGAGUAACUUUCAAUGGUGCCAUUCAUUUUUGUGACUCUUGUUCCUCCUGUUGUGCUGACUGAUCUGAUGAAUCAACACUUCCACAGAUCUUAAUCUUGAAAUAAAUGAAAAAGUAUUUCAUAAGGGAAGCCAAUACUGCAUUAUAGUUUCUUUUCUCUAUAAACCAAAGGAACAAACAACAGUAAUCACAGCAUACAUAAGAAGCUAAAAUCCUGGACAUGUUCACCUGGGAGUAAGUCCUAUUGAAAUGAGUGGGGCUUACUUCUGAGUGGGCAGAUAUAGGAUUGCUCUGCAAAUUCUAAAAUGUGUUUUUCUUCCACUUACACUCUUGCAUAAAUGGCAAUGACACUUUAGACUCUAAAAGUUUAGAGGUGAAGAAAGGUGUUCUUAAUAUCACUUGUGAAAAAUGCUUCAAUUCUUUUACCAUUAUUAAACAGUGAUUACUAUUCUUGUUGUUGCUAUUGCAUUUAGUUAUUCAGACUUUUUGUGUUCAAAAACCCAAAUAAACAUCACAAGAAACAAGCAAGCUAUUGACAAAAAAAAGUAUAGGAUGUUUACAGAGGUAAUAAUUCUAAGAAAUGUGUUCUCACUUACUUGGAUGUAAGUGCCAUUGAAUUUAACGGUGCUUGCUUCUGAGUAGAUGUGUAUAUUGUACUGUUAUGUCCCAUUAGGACUGCACUGUUCUAUCCCAUUAUUUGAAAUGUGAAAAUGUAAACAUAAGCUAACUUUCCCAUUGAAACCAAUGGUUCUUAAAAAUGCUUAAUUUUAA